UCUAAAAAAGGAUGAUUCUGUAGUUGUAGUGACGGCAGUUUACGGUUUCUCCACGAGGACUAGGAGAUCUUCAUCUUCUCUCCCCUUCAGAGUUUGGUAUCUCGAUCCGUCAUCUCAAUUCGGCGUCUCCAUUUUCAUUAUUCACAGUUCGAUUCGAGGUUGUUCCGGACGUUCGCCACCAUUUCAAGCCGCCGGAGCACUACCAGGAAACCCAAAUUCCAUGGCGGAUCCGAUUCCAACACUGCAUAGAUCCGCCAACGACUUCUUUUCGGAUCCACUUGAUUCCCAUCCUCUCUGGUUCAAGCCCGACCUAUUUCUCUCCCCGAAUUUUGAUUCCGAGUCCUACAUAUCUGAGCUUCGGACGUUUGUCCCAUUUGACACCCUCCGAUCUCAGCUCCACUCCCAUCUCUCCUCUCUGAACCGUGAGCUCAUUGACUUGAUCAAUCGUGACUAUACUGAUUUUGUCAACCUGAGCACAAAGCUUGUCGAUGUGGAAGCUGCCGUCGUGCGAAUGCGAGCUCCUUUGGUUGAACUCAGGGAGAAAAUUGAGCAAUUCAGAGGCUCCGUGGAGUUUUCCCUCUCAGCAUUGCAGAAUGGGCUGCGGCAGAGAUCAGAGGCAGCAUCGGCUAGAGAGGUCUUGGAAUUGUUGCUCGAUACGUUUCACGUCGUCUCGAAGGUUGAAAAACUGAUCAAGGAGCUUCCAAGCGCACCUGCUGAUGGCUCAAAUGGAAAUAUGAAUUUAACAGAUAAAAGUGUAUUAAGUAAUGGUACUUCUUUACCACACAUGGAGAAUGGAACAAGUCUUAGAGAAACACAAAGUAUGCUCUUGGAAAGAAUUUCCAGUGAAAUGAAUCGGCUGAAAUUUUACAUCGCUCAUGCACAGAAUCUUCCAUUCAUUCAAAAUAUGGACAAAAGGAUUCAGAGUGCCAGCCAGUUGCUGGACACGAGCUUGGGACAUUGUUUUGUAGAUGGACUUGAACAUCGUGAUGAAAAUGCUAUUUACAACUGCUUACGUGCCUAUGCUGCCAUUGAUAACACCACAAGUGCAGAAGAAAUUUUUCGCACAACUGUUGUGGCACCAUCAAUUCAUAAAGUUGUUCCACAUGGAGUUUCAGGCAUGGAUGUAGGAUCAUCUGGUGAUGAUUUGGAGAACGAUUAUAAGCAAAUGAAGCAAUGUAUUGAUAAAGACUGCAAAUUUUUGUUAGAAAUAUCUGCUACAGAAAACUCAGGACUACAUGUAUUUGAAUUUUUGGCCAAUUCAAUCCUAAAAGAGGUUCUCUCAGCAAUCCAAAAGGGAAAACCAGGUGCCUUUUCUCCAGGAAGACCUACUGAAUUUUUAAAAAACUACAAGGCAAGCCUUGAUUUCUUGGCAUACUUGGAAGGCUAUUGUCCAUCCAGAUCUGCUGUUGCUAAAUUUCGAGCUGCAGCUGUGUAUAACGAGUUCAUGAAGCAAUGGAACACGGGGGUUUAUUUUUCUCUGAGGUUUCAGGAAAUAGCUGGGGCUUUGGAUUCAUCCCUUUCAGCACCCAGUCUAAUCCCCGUUCAAACUUCAUCUUCUGGCCAGGGAAAUAUUCAGGAUCUAACAUUAAAGCAAAGUGUAACACUUCUAGACUGCUUGACAGCAUGCUGGAAAGAGGACGUUCUUGUCCUUUCUUGUUCUGACAAGUUUCUUCGUCUAUCUUUGCAGCUCCUUUCAAGAUACUCUAACUGGUUGACAUCUGGUCUGGCUGCCAGAAAGAUGGGUACAGGCUCUAAUCCAGGUUCUGAAUGGGCUGUAGCAGCUGCCCCGGAUGACCUAAUAUGUAUAAUCCAUGACCUUGGUUGUCUGGCCAUGGUGGUAUCUGGUAACUUCCUGGAAACUGUACUUCGGCUCCUAUCAUCAUGUACUGCAGAUGUUCUUGAUUCAGUAAAGCAGAGCAUUUUGCACAGUGGAAAGUCAUUGAAUAGUUUAAUGCCAGAAGUUAUUGGUGUCAUAAUUUCAUCACUGGUUGAGAAGUCUGUUGAGGACUUGAGACAGCUGAAGGGUAUAACAGCAACAUACAGGAUGACCAAUAAGCCACUCCCUGUAAGGCAUUCGCCCUAUGUAUCUGGGCUGUUACGUCCUCUUAAGGCUUUGUUGGAUGGAGAGAGAGCGGCAACUUUUUUAACAACGGAAACAAGAAAUCCACUGCUGAUCGGUGCGGUGACAGAGAUUACUGGUCGUUACUACGAGCUAGCAGCUGAUCUUGUUAGCUUGGCUAGGAAAACAGAUUCGUCACUCCAGAAAAUCCGGCAGGAAGUUCAAAGACGAGCCGGAGCAAGCUCAGAUGUUUCGGACCAUAACGUCUCUGACACUGACAAGAUUUGCAUGCAACUCUUUCUUGAUAUUCAGGAGUAUGGCCGCAACCUUUCAGCCCUUGGGGUUGAAGCGGCGAGUAUCCCCACGUAUCGUUCAUUUUGGCAGUGUGUUGCCCCUCCAAACAGGCAAAGCUCCAUUAGUUUCUGAUGUCUAAUUACUGGGAUGCGUUGUCUUUAUGGUUGUAUCUCUCUCUCUCUCUCUCAAUUGGUAUAUUUUUUGCUGUAAGUUGAGUUUACUUGGAAUGCAUUCUUUUCCACCCCCAAUUUGGUCACAGGUAUUUGUUCAUAUUGAGAAUAAGAAAUUUUGUAGUAGCGAUAAGGAAAGAUUCGGUGGACUUGGUUUGAUGGAAGAUGUAUGGAUAGGAUAUUUAUAGUCUCAACGAUAUUAUAAUAUCAUUGUUUUUUUUUCCUUUUAUAAUAUUACGUUACAAGGA